CUAUAAUUUUGGAGGGAGGGAGGUCUCGUCUUUCAUCUCUCAAAUCCGACGACCAUGGCGCCGCUUGAGGAGAUCGCCGGUGAUUCUGGCGACCGCAGAGAUCGUCCGAUCUCGACGAUAGUCAUUAUUAUAGCGAUGCAGACGGAGGCCCAGCCACUUGUGAACAAGUUCCAGCUCGCUGAGGAUCCUAAUGAGUCCUUGUUUCCCAAAGGUGUUCCGUGGGUAAAUUAUCGUGGCAAAUAUAAAGACUUGAACAUCAAUUUGGUCUGGCCUGGGAAAGAUUCCACCUUUGGAGUGGAUAAUGUGGGGACUGUACCAGCAGCUCUUGUGACAUACGCAUCUAUCCAAGCGAUAAAGCCGGACCUCAUUAUUAAUGCAGGAACUGCUGGUGGCUUCAAAGUGAAAGGGGCAAGUCUUGGAGAUGUGUAUGUGACUUCAGAUGUUGCUUUCCAUGACAGAAGGAUACCAAUUCCUGUGUUUGAUCUUUAUGGAACUGGAGCUCGAUGCACUUUUGGUACUCCUAAUCUUGUCAAGGAUCUAAACAUGAAGGUAGGUAAAUUGUCCACCGGUGAUUCUUUGGAUAUGUCCCCGCAUGACGAGUCAGCAAUUUUGGCAAAUGAUGCUACUGUCAAAGAUAUGGAGGCAGCAGCUAUCGGCUAUGUGGCAGACCUAUUCUCAGUCCCAGUGAUCUGUGUAAAAGCUGUAACAGACAUUAUCGAUGGGGAUAAGCCAACAUCAGAAGAGUUCUUGCAGAAUCUGGUGUCCGUCACUGCAAAACUGGACCUGGCUGUUACGGAAAUG